UCUCACCCAAGAAGCAUUAACCUUCCGGAGCUCGAGACGAACGGACCCCUUUCGAGAAGAGGAGACAGCCCAAGAAAAAUUCAAAGUGCCGCAAAAAAAAGAGGAAAUUUUAUUUUUGCUACAAGCAGUUUUAACGCGAAUUCGGUGCGAGAAAAAAAGAAGAAGCUGUUUCGAAGAGUUCCCGGAGCUUUUGGAUACCGUAGAAGCAACUGAACCCAUCAAGGAUAACCCGCGAAGAAACGUUUGAAGGCCGAAGAAAAAUCAAUACUUUUUGAGUUCCGUCCCCGUCAAGUUUGCCCGCGAAAAUGUGCGACCCGUGCUGCAGCCCGUGUGACCCGUGCUACCCGUGCUAUCCUUGCGGUCCCUCCUGUCCACCUCCAUGCGCGCCGGGAAGUCUGUGCGAUCCGUGCGUCCCCAAGACGUACGCCGCCCACGACCUGAACUGCAUGCCCCAGUGCGCCACCAUCUGUCCCCCGGCCCAGUGCGGUCCACGGUUCAUCACGGUGCAGCAACCGCCGCGGGUCGUCGCACAACGCAAGCUCAUCAACUGCAGCCGGACGGUCGUCGACAAGCACGUGGUCCCGCGCACCAAGACCAUCGUAGAGCCCAAGAUAAUCUACCAACCGCGGGCCUACAUCGAACCGUGCAUCAUCUACCGGAAGCGCGUCGUUCCCGAUCCGAAAAUCCUCUACUACAAGCGGAUCGUGCCGGACCCGAAGAUCGUCUGCACCCCGCGGACCAUCGUGGAACCCAAGGAGAUCUGCACGACCAUGGUUUGCUCGCCCAAACCGCAGAUCGUGCAAAUUCCACCACCGCCGGAGUACUGCUGCGUCCCGCAGUGCACCGGAUUCACCAAGAGUCCGGCCUGCUCGCCGUGUGACCCCGUUUGUGGUCCCAAGGGUUGAGACACACACACGCACAGGACAGGGUUCAGGGUUCCCGCUCGCUCCUGCAAGAGCCGCGAGCUGCGCGGCGGCGUCCUCAUCGCCAACUGCGAGUGCCUCAAGCGUAACGGUCUCCAGCAUGAUUGUCCCCGGUCCGAGUGUCAGGGCAAAUCCUGCUGCCUGACGAGGCCGGAAGCGACCUGCUGCCCGUCGACCUGGGCGCGCCGCUUCCGCUUUGUAACGAUGGGUAACAAGAGCAACCCGGUUUGCCCGAAGCGAUGCCGCGUGACGACCACCGGAAGUGGGUGCAAUCCGUGCGGCGUUGAUUGCUUCUCGUGUCCUCCGUGCGGACCUUGCGGACCCUGCCCGGCGCCGUGUGAACCUUGUGGACCAUGCAGCCCUUGCGGACCCGUGUGCGACCCCAGCUGUCCGCCGGUGUGUGAUCCGUGCGGUUGCGUCCCCCAGGGCGACUGCGGACCGUGUGGAGCGCCGACGCCGAACUGUAUGCCGUGCUAUGACGCGUGCACGCCGAGUGUGCCGCCGCCUUGCGGCGACAUGUGCGCCCCCUACCCAACCUGUGGACCGUGCUAGAAUCAUCCCUCAAGCCCCACAAAUCAACCUUCACUAGGCCUGUAAGCUACAACUCAAGCUGUAGAAACCACACUCAAACUCAUCACCGUUUGUGCGAGCAGUUGUCCUUCAUUAGUGGUGCCAAUCAUCUCCGACUUGGUCGCGGCAGUUAUUAGUAGGUUUUGUUUUAUGUUUGCAAAAACUUUUGUUGAGUUGUUAGGUCAUUCGCUCCUCGCAAUCAUCUGUAGCAGCAGCAGCAUCCAUGUUAAAUCGAUGAAUAAUCGUUAAAUCUUAAUCGCAACCUAACUAGCCAAUUGAAUUUGUAAAAUUACCGACUAACAGCAGCAGCACCACCAGGAACACUCACCAGUUUAGCACACGCACACUAAAGGAAGAUUAUGAAAUCAAUAAAAAGUUGUUUUUACGGUAUCGAAA